AUGGUUGCUUCUCUACAUUCCCGUCUUGCUUCCGUCGAAGCAUCCAUCGAGAGGGUUUCAGCCCUCAUACGCCGUCUACAUUCCUUUGGUAGUGCGGAUACCUACGACGAUGAUGAACGAAUCAAUCUGAGUACCGAAAUCCACCAGGAUCUCGGGGAGAUAGAAGAAGAAAUAGAAGUUCUGCGCGUGGAGACUCAUCCUCUCGAUCGAAGACGACAUCAACGCCGUGAGAGCGUACCAUUUGACGCGGACGCAGUCAAGAACGUGGCUCUCCUGGCGAAAAUAGAAGAGGAUUUGAAAAUGACUCGGUCGAAGUUCAGACGAGCUCAGAUAGAAGCCAAGCGGAGCUCGGAGAAGGCGAAGAAUAGACAAAGACAACUCCUCUUUCAACCGUCAGCUGAGGGAGAGAAUGUUCCUAACAGGAGGACACCGAGAUUCACUCAUGGCGAUCUCGUUGCAAGCUCGUCCAAGGACGUUACCGCUGCCUUAAGACAGACACAUAACCUCAUGCAGGCAGAGCUUUCCAGAAGCCAGUUUGCCCAGGAAGCUUUAGAACAAUCAAACAAGGCCCUAAGUUCGCUCUCGGAAUCAUACACCAAUCUAGAUACCCUACUUGCAUCAUCCAAGUCUCUCGUGAGCUCGCUACUUCGCUCCCAAAAGUCAGAUACAUGGUAUCUUGAGACCGCAUUCUAUAUCCUAAUUGGAACCAUAUCGUGGCUUAUCUUUCGACGGCUGCUGUAUGGCCCACUCUGGUGGAUAGUCUGGCUCCCUCUCAAAAUUGUUGCCAGGAUCACAUUUGCUAUAUUUGGAGUAACUAGCGGUGUCUCUGUGGCCGGUUCUAAAUCCGUUGUGCCAAAUAAGCCUCUGGUAACCGCUAACACGGGCCCGACCGCGACUAAUUCUCUUUGGAACCCCGAUUCUACUAAGAAAGCCGAUGUUGGUGGUAUACCUGACAUGGUGGAGGACAUCAAAAGCUGGACCGCCGCAGAUCAGGCGGAGGAGGAGACUACAAUGAUACCAGGCGGCCCAAAGGUAUAUCCUAACCCUAAGAAGAGGAUGUGGGAGGGUCCUCAUGGGCAUGGGGAUGAACUCUAG